AUGCUAAAAUGGCGUGUUAAACCGCGAUGGAUCAGGAGAAACCUUCACUGUAAUAAAAGAGUUAAUGAAAUGACAUCUCUGGAACAUCCUAAAGCAAAUCAAGAUCUCACAGAUUUGACUCUAGAUGAACAAAAGACCAUCAAAGAACUUUCCUUCUUUAAGGAUAAACAAUUACAACAAGUUGUCCUAUCUACCAAAAAAUUGAACUCAAAAGACAACUAUAUUUUGGGCAAGAUAGGCGUGGUGCGCGAAAUAUUUGGCGAAAGCACAACACACCCUGGAUAUCUGAGUUAUAAACUUCCCGAUACAAAACCCAAUCCGUAUAGAGAUGGACUCUCGAAGUGUACUUUUUCAGAAAGGCAAAACAGACUCUCGGUAACUUCACUACUUACCAAAUCCUGGUGCGAGUUGAGAACCGCCUAUGAUAUCUAUUCUCAAAAGCCAAGGUUUGCGACGAGCCGCAUCAUAUCUGGAGCCAAGCAGCAUUCAACUUUAGAGUCUACAAUCUAUAAGAUUGACGACGAUUGGUUGGAAUUUAACCAGAGAUUAAACGUCCCCACUUUCAAGUUACUUGAAGGCUGGUCAGACACGUUGCAUCGGCUAAUGACUUUAUUUAUUAAUGGAGAGGCCAGGGAAGUAUUGUGUCACGGUUACAUGGAUUCGAGCGAUGACAAUGGAACGUUUCUAAGCGGGGAAAAAAUAGAGUAUUGGCAACGGAUGUUUGAUUCGGGGCGCACUGAAAGUCCAGAUACUGAUCCAGCAUCGAAAUUUGUUCUUGUCAGUGGGAUCAUAGAUCAUCUAGUUUUGAGAUCCAAGAGAAGUGAAAAUUUGAUAGUUAACCAGAAAUAUUUGGAAGGCACCGCAGACGUUAUGAAGGUUAUCGAAGGGUUACAGGCCAAAGUUUCUACCCCUCAAGCUCAAAACGAUUGGGAAAUAGUAGUUGGUGAUGUGAAAACUAGAAACGUUUAUCAAGUACCCACCCAGUCAUCCGUGGUCAAGGCGUCAAAAUUACAGGUGAUGUACUAUAGGUUUUUUCUAGAUAUUUUGGGGCAAGCCGCGGAUACAACAUAUUACAGCUUGUUGAUUAAUGCCCAAAAGAGAGGGCUUGAUGUAGACGCACCCAUAAAUCCACUCAAUGCGUUAAGCCUGAUGGUACGUCAUCCAUUUCUGAUACCCGAUAUGAACCGCCUGAAACAUGGGGUUUCCAUAAAUUUUGAGCCUUUUGAUAUCUGCAACGAAGCAGAUAACAAAGUGUUCUAUGACUUGACACCUUAUAAAGAACUAUUGACUAGUGACAAUUCAGAACAUCUUCGAGAGUUUUGUAAGAAGUGGGAGAAACCUUUGACAUUACGCUACUUCGCGGCCAGAUUAUCCCAAUUCUACAACCUAAUGGGCGGUUUGCUCUCCGAUAAAUUAAUGAUAGAAUAUUAUUGUUUCGGAAAGAAUUUCCAUAACAUCGACUUCACUUAUUCCCAUGACAAUUUAUGCCAACAUCAUGCAAGCAGUUCAAAGUUUUGGUUUGGGAAGCGACCUAUAGAACCCAUUAAACCAAAUCUCAAGAAUUUGGUCACCUACUGUAAAUAUUGCGACUAUUCAAGUGUUUGUUUAUGGAAACGGGAGGCAGAGGAAGCAUGUGGUCAGUUGGGAAAGGAUCUUCAAAACGUAAUAUCUGAAAUUUACUAG